GGAGGUGGAGCGCUGACCCGCCUUGUUACCCAGACAACCGGCCCCGGAGCCAGAGCAGGGGCGUGGUUUUGUCGGCGCCUUGUUACCCGGACAACCGGCCCCGGAGCCAGAGCAGGGGCGUGGUUUUGUAAUGUUACCAGUUAGUUUGGACCCGCCCACCCAGGCGAUCGGCGAGCUCGCCUUGUCAGCCGAUCCGGGAAAAGGGGCUGGCCCUACUCGACGGGGCCCGCCCACAUUCACCGAUUGGGCAAGGGCUAGGGAGGAUCUUCAGGCCACUAACGCGGGCGUACCCACACUUGCCCUUCCCCUGGUGGUUAAAAAUGGGGGACCAGCUUGGACCCCCUUGGACACCAAGGCGAUUACUCGCCUGGCAGGGCUAGUAAAGGAUAAAGGAUUGCGGUCGCUGGUCACGAUGUCAGCUGUUGAGGCUCUUAUGGCCUCCAAUUUGCUACCAUAUGAUGUUGAGAACCUGAUGCAUGUUAUCCUCAAGCCUGCACAGUACAUGCUCUGGCAAGAUGAGUGGAACUGCCAGCUUAGAACUAUUGUCGCAGAGGCAACGUGUGACCCAGCCCACCCAGCUAACCGUGGGCGUGGCAAAAAAGAGCGGACUACCCUCGCUCGCCUUCAAGGGUUGGCAGAUGGCAUGGUGGGAUCCCCGGAAGGUCAGGCAGCUGAAUUGAUAGCGGGGGAGGUGGCUGCACUCAUGACCGCAGCCCUCCAGGCGUUGAGAGCAGUGGCUAAGGUUGCAGAGCCAUCUGGACAGACAUCCAGGACAGACAUCAAACAGGGGCCAAGCGAACCCUUCCCUGACUUUGCGAAUCAGCUGAUUCGCGCGGUCGAGGGUUCAGAUUUACCUAAAGAGGUCCACUCUCUUGUGAUUAUUGAUUGCCUUAAACAAAAAUCGCUGCCAGACGUCCAGCAAAUUAUUAGGGCAGCGCCGGGAGACUUAACAACUCCUGGGGAGGUUAUCAAGUAUGUUCUAGACCAUCAAAAGAGCACUCCGCUGCAUGCGGAAGGUCUUGUGGCGGCAGUACAGGGCAUGGCUGCGUCAUGCCAAGAAAUGGCCGCAUCGGUGAUAGCUGCAGCCCAGUCAGGACCACAAACGGACAAAGGCCCAUGCUUUAAAUGUGGCCAGACAGGACACUUUAAAGCACAGUGUCCAAAGAAAAAUGCUCCGGGGGAAGGGUGCCAGUUCUGUGGCACUGCAGGUCAUGGGGCACAUAAGUGUCGAAAACUUAAAAACCUGCUUCAGGGAAACGGGAGGGGGAGGGUCCCUAUAGCCCGGGGGACCUCCCAAGCCAAUUUCUUGGGCAGCAACCUGCAGCCCAGGGGGCCCCCUCAAGCCAACUUCUGGGGCAGCAUCUUGCCACCCAGGGGACCUUUCCAGAACAACAGGGCCCUGUCAUCCCUUCGUGGCUGUGACGGAGGACCUUCUCGAUCGGCCUAUCGCCCGCCUCAUGAUGGAGGACCCUUGCUGUCAGCCAUCCCAGAAACGUGGCCGCUGAUGGUCAUUGAUCUUAAAGAUUGUUUCUUUUCUAUCCCUCUCGCUGAGCAGGACCGGGAAGCUUUUGCGUUUACGGUCCCGGUGGUGAAUAACUUGGAGCCAGUCCAGAGAUAUCAGUGGAAGGUUUUGCCUCAGGGGAUGGUCUGCUCACCUACUAUUUGCCAGCUUGUGAUUCUGCUUUUGUUGCGAGGUUACUGCUGCACAUGGGGAAGGAGGGACUACCCUGUAGUUUUAUUAGAGGAUGCCUUGGUUUACCGGGCUGACCCGGUGGCCAUCCUCCAUGUGCGAAGUCACUCUGAUGUCCCAGGGUUUUUUACAGUGGGCAAUGAGGUGGCAGAUAGAGCAGCCGGGGGUCACAUUUUCACCCUUCGGGAGGCCCGAGACCUUCAUGCGGCCUUACAUUUAGGGGCCAGGGCACUGGCACGGACAUGUUCCAUCCCGAUUACCUUGGCUAGGGAGGUGGUACAGACGUGUCCGCAUUGUAAUUCGGCGCCUGCCUUGGGGGCUGGCGUUAACCCACAGGGUCUCGUUCUGUUAGAAGUCUGGCAGAUGGACUUCACCUUAGAACCAAGAAUGGCACCCCGCCAGUGGCUUGCAGUUACGGUCGAUACCUCCUCUUCAAUACUUGUAGCCACGCAGCAUGCUCGUGCCAACUCCACAGCUGCUCAACAUCAUUGGGCUACGGCUAUCGCUGUUAUGGGAAUGCCACGCCACAUUAAGACAGAUAAUGGAUCAUGCUUUAUAUCACGGUCAACCAAGGAGUGGCUGGCUCGUUGGAAUAUUACACACACAACAGGCAUCCCGGGAAAUUCCCAGGGCCAAGCGAUUGUGGAAAGAGCUAAUCGCCUCCUCAAAGAAAAGAUCCGGGUGAUUGGGGAGGGGGAAGGAUAUACGGGUAGAAUCCCGGUUGCACAGCAGGGUGAAAUUUUAGCUCGAGCAUUAUAUGCUUUAAAUCAUUUUGAGCGGGGAGAGAGCACGAGAACCCCCACUCAAAAGCAUUGGCAACCAAGAAUCAUUCAGGAGGGCCCACCGGUGAAAAUCAAAACUGAAAGUGGAUCCUGGGAGUCAGGCAGCAACUUCUUGGCCCAGAGGGCCCCUAUUGGGAUCCGAAAACUAAUCAAACCAUCCCCUAUACCCUUGUGUAUCCCCGUGAUGAAAAGACCUUCGACAUUGAUGGAGGAUAUUGGGGGGUUGUUAAUAUUAGCAGGACGGAUGGGUCCAUCCGAGGAGUUGUCUUUUAAUAGAGGUUGUUGUGUUUUUCCUAUCCCCAAGGGGUCAUUUUCGUUUAUGGGAGAAUUAUGGAAUAAUGGUACAGCAAAAGCCUUGCCACCAGGGGUAUUUCUCAUUUGUGGGGAUCGUGCUUGGCAAGGAAUUCCUAGGAACCCAAUAGGAGGUCCUUGUUAUUUGGGGAAAUUGACUAUCUUAUCCCCUAGCAUCUUUGAGAUCUAUAAAGCAUUUAACCAUUCACGAGCCAAAAGAGACAUACAUGUUCUGGAGUCUGACUGCGGGGACAAUGUAAGAUUAUGGGGACCCACAGCCAGAAUUUUCGCUUCCUUCUUUACUCCUGGGGUUGCUGCUGCACACACUCUAAAAGAAAUCGAAAGGCUGGCCUGUUGGACUGUUAAACAAGCUAAUGUUACCUCUCAGUUACUUUCGGACUUGCUUAUAGAUGUAGAGAGUAUCAGACAUGCUGUGCUUCAAAAUAGAGCGGCCAUAGACUUUUUACUUUUAGCACAAGGGCACGGAUGCCAAGAUGUUGAGGGAAUGUGUUGUUUUAAUUUGAGUGACCAUAGUGAAUCGCUACAUAAGAAGCUAGCAUGGAUGCAAGACCAUACCAAGAAGAUCGGCGUCGUGGACGAUCCGUUUGGAGACUGGCUCGGAAGCCUGUUUGGGAACAUCGGACCUUGGUUCAAACAGUUGCUAAAAGUAUUGGUGAUGGGACUUAUUGUUCUUCUUGCACUAUUAAUUUGCACACCGUGUAUUAUACAAUGCUUGCAGGGAUUUAUGCAUCGCAUGGUGACGGGAAUUUUUGAGGAGAAAAUGGAACAACAAAGGGCAUAUGAGAGACUUUAAAAGGUUAACUGGGAUUGUUAAUAGGUUGCGUAUUGUUACGGGUUAAAGGUUCUUUAGCAUAAGGAGGGGGAGAUGUAGUGUAUUAGGUGGUAGGCGGGGUCACGGGAUGUGACGGGACAGGUCCCUCCUCCUUAGUUAAUAUUCAUGAUGGGCGGGAUUAGCCCUGCCCACUUUCUAGCAGGUUCUAUACCAAAAGUUAUAUAAGGGUCUGUUUGUUUUAAUAAAAUGCCUUUUGCCACACACUCCCUUGUUGUGCUGGCAUCUGGUCCAGCUGCGGAUACCCAGGGACAAAUGGGAUGCACGGCACCGUGUAACACCAACAGAAAUGGCAGACUGUCAAGACUCAAACUACAGCUUCUGUAGAGUACAAUGGCAAUAUUUUCAAAUCAAAAUUUCAGGCCCUCGGUUUCCUUCUGAGUCAUUCUCAGAAUAGAAAAUGUAGGCAAGUAGCUUCACUACAUUAAUAACCUGACAAAAGAGGAGGAAACAAUCUUUUUAACUCUUGUUACUAACACUGUAGUUAAACAAAAUUCAUAUAAUAAAUUCAAUAAAAAUCCAAAUGUAGAUGGGCAGUCUCAAAAAUCCAUUUAUAUGCACAAUAAAGAAAUCUGCUUUUUUUGUAAAGGUUUGUGUUAAUCAGGUAUCUCAAAAGAUUUUUUUAUUAUAUAUUGGACACCAUAUCUGCCAGUUUUGAAUUAAUAGAGGUAUAAUUUUUUGAACUUUUAUCUAGGGUGAACAGUAUGUUCCCUGAAGUUAUCUAUCCUCAUUGCAUUUUUGGAUUCCAUCAUGGGUUUAUCUUUGAGCACAUGAACUAAAUUAUUUUGGAGUGUAAUUUUAAGAGAGAAUAUAUUCCAGAAUACAGCACAUCAACCAAGUCUUUCAUUCCUUACAACCAAAAUAGAAAUAAGCAAAAUAUUCCAAAGACAUUUACAAGCAAAUGACUCAUUGGUAUAUAUUUUUAACUAAAAUAUACAGAGCAUCUAAUGCCUCAGAU